UCAAAUAAACGUGGACACAGCAUAGAAGAGACCCAAAAAGUCAUACACAUUACCUACAUAGAUAUUUCAUAGAUAUUUGACUACAUAGUUCAAUGUGCACAUUUUGUGCACAUAGAGGCGCUGAUGAAUGAAAACAUCUAAAACGACGCGAUGACCGCUCUCAGGUUCCUCUCUGAUUGUACCUUGCAUCUCUCCUCUCUUUUCUGUGUUUGAUCAUGCACUUAUCUCGUUUCAAGUACAGAAAGAGUCACGUUUCCGCAAUAUCGCGUCCACGGAUUUGAUUCACCCGAUUCACCGGAAUUAUCCGGUCUUUGUGUUCCGUGAAUUUUUCAAGCGGACGAUUCGACAUAAACGUCUCUAGCUUACCUGUCAUUCGAUUUUCUUGCAUCAUCGUCGUGCUCCAUCAGUCAACCGAUUUCUCAUUCUUUUGUCGAACUGACGAUCAACAACAAAGUUCUUGCGACAGACAAUGCAACCCGUCAAAUCAUGAGCUUCUACGAGAAUCCGGAUUGUCUGCCUUUGGAGGAACUGCAGCUGAACAUUAAGAAUGAUGGUGUGAUUGUCGUGAUAAACGCGCUAGAUGCUAAAUGGGUCGACAAGCGUUAUUUCCUACUUUACGAAGAACCAGAAAUAUAUAAUGAGGAUGGGUCGGAAAUUGUGGGUGCAAAAGAACACUGGUUAGAAUGUGUAAGUUACAUUAUCGAGGAUUUAAACUGGCUACUAAAUCUUCCAUUUUAUCGAUUCUGGUCCAAUAUUGUGUACAAUACCUCUAUUAUGGCUAUGUUGAUAUCCUUUUUACAAGAGGCUCCACCCUUCUACGCUUUAGAAAACUUUCCCACUGAACCGAAAAUGCUAGAGGCGCUAGAGAAUCUUCGUCGCAAUGUACUUAUUGUCUUUGUGCGUCUUUGCACAAACAAGCAGAGCUCGACAGAGUACAUGAAACGUUCGUUUUUGGGGAAUCUAUUAUACAACCAUUAUAUAUUUACGAUACCAAUUAUAUUUGAUCUAUGUCAACUGUAUGGUAGGGAAAAUGACAAAAUAGUUGAAAAAAUUGUACAUAGUGUAUUUAGCCUGCAACCGAUGUACAACGAUGAUCUACAAAAAUCUGUGCCAUGCCUUAUAAAGGCUCUCCAAAAUGUUGAACGGAGAUUUGAGGAUUGUCCAAGUAAUGCAACUGAAGCAGUGGCACUUUCAGAGAGAGGAGGUGGUACCGCUGAGAUGACACUGUAUAAUUUAGAAGAUUUAAUACUCUAUAUUCUAGAUGUAUCGUCAACCCUUACAGUGUUAUUGAAAACAUAUCCGCCAGUAAUUGCUACAUUUCACAAAGAAGAUUUUAUAAACAAGAUAGUUUCAUUAUAUGGUAAUACAAUACCUGAGAUGUAUAAGAUACUAGACAGGUUGGCGUUUAACGAGGAAAGUAUGCCAAAGUACAUUGAAUUGAAGCACCGUCUUGAUGUAACCAGAGUGGAUAUAUUAAAUCUUCAUCGUAUGAUUACAUAUGAACCCAUAUUGAAUAUUCAGGAAAAGAUAAACACGAUAACGGAAGAUGAGAUAAGAGAUUGCAUAGACGAAUAUUUGAAUUUACUAAUGAAUGCUAUAUCUGAAAAAGAAUUUAUUAUAGAUUAUCAUAAAUUUUAUCCAAUUAAUGUCGAUCUCGAAAUUAUGACCAAACUUUCUCCUGAAGUGUUUGAUGCGAUGAAGCACGAGUAUAUAUUACAAUCUUUGCAUGCAUCGAUUGGAAAGACAUCAACUAAAGCAACUAGUGCAACAUCGCUCAAUAAUACGAAUAUUGCUGUCGCUGGAUCCAGCGGUGUUCAAACCAGCCAACAAAAGAAACAUUCCAAUGAUGUGUAUUGCAUAAAUGAUAAGAUGGAUUCUGGUGCAAAAGAAUGCAACAUAAUGUCUCUUAUCUCGGAAGUGAGAGAAAUUUUGUGCGAUUGCGGCGAAGGUUUUAUACAGCUAUGUUUAAAGCAUUAUAAUUAUAACGUUGAAUCUGUGGUAAAUGCAGUUCUAGAGGAUUCUUUACCACAUAAUUUGAAAAAAUUAGAUAGAACAAUACCAUAUAUACCACCAGAUCCAGUGGAAACGCCGGCUUUUACGGACUUUGCUGCUGCAAAUCUAGCCAGCAAUUUUCAAGAAUUGACUGUUUCUCGCAAUGAUGACUUCGAAGUUACAACAGAAGACUUUGCAGAUGCAUUGAAUAUAAGGAAAAGGAAAGAUAAGUACAGAAAUGCAAAUGAAAUGUUGAAUGAUAAAUCUGAUAUUAAGAAAGCGUGGAAUAUUUAUGAAAAGUACAGUCUUAUUGCCGAUGAAUACGAUGAUGAGUACGACGAUACAUAUGAUAGUCAUGAUAUUGGUAGUAGUGCACCAGAUGAUUCUACUGAAGCAGAUGGAAAGUCCUUCACUAUUCCAAGGAUACUUAAAACAUACAACAAAAAUAAUGCUAGCUCAGAGGAUGAGACCGAGAUUGAAAACAAAAAAUCUAUACAGAAUAGUAACCAUUUUGUACAAGAUCCUGCAGAAUUACGCGCUAAAGCCGAACAGCGAAAACAAUACGCCAGAGAAGACAACAAUGCGGACGGCAAAGGUUUUCAAAAGCAACAAGACAAAAGCGGUUCAGUUAAUAGGAAGAAAACUGUAUACAAUUCUACACAACGCAAUCAUAAUCGACGCGUGGGUGCCCAGAUAAAAAGAAGACAUGGAAUGGUUCCAUCUUAGAGUUGAAUAUUUUUGUAAACGCGAAGGAUUUAAUGAUGUACAUACUGCCAACAAAAUUGAACAUAGUUAUCCCGCAAAAAUAAACGUUCUUAUAAUUUCUAA